AUCGAACCGAACAUACAGAUUUGCUCUGUCUUCGAAACACUUAAAUAUAUAAACAGCUCAAUUGAAUUGUCUCGGGAACAAAAACUCAAGUCUUUCAAAGUUCGAUCAAGUUUCAACUUUUAUUAAUUUAUAAAACAAAUUUUGAUCAUAUCUGAGUUUUCGAUCACCGGAGAGAGAAAUGGAGACACCGAGGUCCGUCGGCGAGGCGUCGACGACUAACUUCGUGGUUGCACGACCGUCUGCGAAGACUGAUGAUGCGGUGACGAUGAAAGGCUGCGGUUUCGGUAGCCUCGCGUGUGUCGGUGUAGACAGAGAGGAGCUUCGUCGGAGGAUAGUGAUGCCUGAGUAUCUCCGCCUCGCCAUGCGAGACUGCAUCAAGAGGAAAGACUCAACCGCAGUUCCGGACCUUUUGGUACUUCCCGGCGGCGGCGCCGCCACGGAGGAGUUAGCUCCUCAUGCACCGAUGGUUGUGUUUAUUAACCCUAAAAGUGGAGGUCGUCAUGGACCUGUACUUAAAGAGAGGCUUCAACAGUUAAUGAGCGAAGAACAGGUAUUUGAUCUCACAGAAGUGAAACCCCAUGAAUUUGUACGGUACGGGUUGGCAUGUUUAGAGACACUUGCAGCGAAAGGAGAUGAAUGCGCAAGAGAGUGCAGAGAAAGGAUGCGAGUCAUGGUAGCAGGUGGUGAUGGUACAGUUGGUUGGGUUCUUGGGUGUCUCGGUGAGCUUCACAAAGAAGGAAAAUCACAUAUCCCUCCCGUUGGUGUCAUUCCUCUCGGUACAGGAAACGACCUCUCUAGGAGUUUUAACUGGGGUGGUGCAUUUCCUUUUGCUUGGAGAUCUGCUAUGAAAAGGACAUUACAUCGAGCAACUCUAGGCCCUGUUGCUAAAUUAGAUAGCUGGAGUAUUGUAGUGUCGAUGCCAUCUGGAGAAGUGGUGGAUCCUCCUUAUUCUUUGAAGCCUUCAGAUGAAACUGCACUUGACCAGGGUUUGGAUGCUGAUGGGGAUGUACCUCCUAAAGCAAAGUCCUAUGAAGGAGUGUUCUACAACUACUUCAGCAUAGGUAUGGAUGCUCAAGUUGCAUAUGGGUUUCACCAUCUUCGCAAUGAGAAGCCAUAUCUAGCUCAAGGUCCUGUUACAAAUAAGAUUAUUUAUUCAAGUUACAGUUGCACUCAAGGUUGGUUUUGCACACCUUGUGUCAGCAAUCCAGGUUUAAGGGGACUAAGAAACAUAAUGAAAAUCCAUAUUAAAAAGGCAAAUUGCUCAGAAUGGGAAGAGAUCCUGAUUCCUAAAAGCGUGAGAUCCAUUGUGGUAUUGAAUCUUGAUAACUAUGGAAGUGGAAGACAUCCAUGGGGUAAUCUGAAACCAAACUAUCUAGAGAAGAGAGGAUUUGUGGAGGCGCAUUGUGAUGACGGGCUGAUCGAGAUUUUUGGUUUGAAGCAAGGUUGGCAUGCGUCAUUUGUAAUGGCUCAAAUCAUCACGGCUAAACACAUUGCUCAGGCUGCUGCAAUUAGGUUUGAACUAAGAGGAGGUGACUGGAAAGAUGCGUUUUUGCAAAUGGAUGGUGAGCCAUGGAAGCAACCGAUGAAAACAGAUUAUUCUACUUUUGUGGAGAUCAAAAAAGUUCCUUUUCAGUCGCUAAUGAUCAAUGGUGAAUGAUCUGUGCAUUUUCCAGAGGUUUGCUGAGAUGAUGUGAUAGAAAAAGAGGAUCCUGAUUCUAUUUGUAUUUUUAUUAAUUAGUCAAAAUAGCCAUAUCUGUUCAGCUUCUUGCUCUCUUGUUGUUGCUGUUGUUGUUGUUGUUGUUGUUGUGUCUAUGAAGAAUUGUAUUUGUAGAAGGGAUUGUAAUUUAUGAU